AUGUGCCACACCAGCUGCUCCACUAGCUGCCAGCCAAGCUGCUCCGCAGUCUGUGGAGCUGGCAGCUGCUCCCCCUCCUGCUGUGUGUCCAUCCCCUGCCAGUCCACCUGUUGUGUGCCCAACCCCUGCCAGUCUGCCUGCUGUGUGUCCAGCCCCUGCCAGUCCACCUGCUGUGGGUCUAGCCCCUGCCAGUCUGCCUGCUGUGUGCCUGUCUGCUGCAAACCCACUGUAUAUGUCCCUGUGUGCUGCAAGCCUGUGGCCUGUGGAAUCCCCUCCUGCCAGGCCUCCUGCUGCCAGCCAGCCUCCGGCACCUCUCUGCUCUGUGCUCCAUCCUGUGCUCCCUCCUGCUGCUGAGCAGUUCCCUCCCUCAUAUCCCACAGAUUGGAGCCAAGCUAUGGUUCUGGUGUGACUCACCACCCAGGAGACCCAGGCUAGGUCACUGUUGUCAGAACCCAUGGACUUCACUUUGACACAGAAGCCCCCAUUGCCACAGGGACCCUUCUAGACCUCCCUCAGGGGGAGAUGCUGGGACACCAGGGUCCUACUUUCCACAAUGUCCCUCCCUGUCUUGGGGUCACUGCAGUUUCCCCCACCCCCGGGACAC